AUGGCGGGAACCAUCCAUGCCCUAAUUCUCACACCUCGACCCGCCAAAUCGUUGCCGUUUGCUCUCCGAAUCCCACAUUUUCCGUCCAAACGUGCCGCAUUCCGUUUCAAUUUUCAACUUAGCCGCUCCAUUUCGAGACCCGUCAAAGCUUGCCAACAGUCCGAUCAGAUAGAUGGUGAUGGAAAGAAAGCUCAUAAAGAUUCUGGUUCAGUGAAGGGCUUGAGUUGGGCUAAACCAUUGUCGAAUUUCGUGGCGAAUAAUUUUCUUCCCUUAGCUCUUGUUGGUGGAGUAGCUUUAGGGAUGGCAAAUCCUAGUCUAGGUUGUCUGGCUGAUACGUAUUCUUUGUCAAAAUUUAGCACGUUUGGGAUUUUUAUCAUCUCAGGGUUGACCUUGCACACUGGAGAAAUUGUUGCAGCUGCACAAGCAUGGCCUGCUGGAAUCUUCGGGCUAGUCUCCAUUCUAUUAUUUACUCCAUAUUUUUCGAGGAUAAUAUUGCAACUGCAGCUCCAACCUCCAGAGUUUGUUAGAGGGCUUGCAAUAUUUUGUUGUAUGCCAACUACACUAUCAAGUGGAGUGGCACUUGCUCAGCUUGCGGGGGCCAAUUCUGCUCUUGCUCUUGCCCUUACUGUGAUCAGUAACCUUUUAGGAAUUUUGAUUGUCCCAUUUUCUAUAUCAAAAUACAUAGCUGGUGGAGUUGGUGUAUCUGUUCCAACUAAGCAACUGUUCAAAAGUCUUGUUCUAACAUUGUUGAUCCCCCUAAUCUUGGGGAAGAUUUUUCGAGAAUCCUUCAGAGGUGUUGCAGACUUUGUUGAUCAAAACCGUAAGCUUUUUUCUAAGAUCAGUGCAGUCUUCCUCAGUUUAGUGCCAUGGAUACAAGUUAGUAGGUCGAGGUCACUGCUGUUGAUGGUUAAGCCUCCAGUUUUUCUUGUGGCUAUUGGAAUGGGAGUACUUCUGCACGUCAUCUUGUUAGCCUUUAAUGCUCUUGCUUUAAAGAGCAUCUCAGCUGUCUCUGGUGGCAGUCGAUCAGUGUUUUCCAAGAAAGAAAAUGCCAUUGCUGUUCUCCUUGUUGCGAGCCAGAAAACUCUGCCUGUAAUGGUGGCUGUAGUGGAGCAACUUGGUGGUGCACUGGGUGAAUCUGGUUUGCUUGUUGUUCCUUGUGUUGCAGCACACUUAAAUCAGAUUAUUAUUGACUCGUUUCUUGUUAACUUCUGGCUUCGGAAGGACCUCUCGACUCACAGUACAAAGGUAUCUUGA